AUGGGCAUGCUGGGAAUUUUCAUGUGGCCGUCAUUUGCUUUGGCUUUUCUUCUAAGCAUGGGUAACCAAUCAUCUUCCUCAUUCAUACCUGUUGAUAACUACUUACUCGCUUGUGGCUCUUCUGUUAGCAUAACCUUUCAGGGCAGGACUUUUUCCCCUGAAUCUGUCUAUGAAAAUAAUCAUGCAUUGGAAUUGAAAAGCCAGAAAUCUGUUGCUGUUACCUCUAAUUCUGGUGCUCCAUCUCCAAUCUACCAAUCAGCUAGAAUCUUUUCGAGCAACGCUUCAUAUAUAUUCAGAAUUAGACAUGAAGGUAGGCACUGGAUCCGCCUUUACUUCUACCCUAUGCCCACCUUUCACCAGAAUAUGUCCUCUGCCUCAAUAACAGUAAUCACCGAUAGUCUUGUGCUUCUCGAUAACUUCACUUUUAUGGAGUAUGGUGGUCCCUACUUGUUCAAAGAGUAUGCAAUCAAAAUUACAUCUUCCACCUUGUCUCUCACAUUCAUCACUUCUAAAAACUCCUUCGUGUUUGUUAACGCAAUUGAAGUUGUCUCUGUACCGGAUGAUCUCUUUGCUAAUGCAAUCAAUAUCACAUCAGUUUCUUUGGAGGAUUUUUCAGAAGCGACCCUUGAAACUAUUUACCGGUUGGAUAUGGGUAAUGAAUAUCUCAACACUCGGAACGAUGACAGUGGCAGGAACUGGGAAGGUGAUGAAAAAUACCUCUCCUCUAAAAGUGUUGCUCUGAAUACUUCAGUUGAUAAUUCAUCUGUAUAUAAUAAUUCCAAAGUUGUAACUGACAAAGCACCAGCAUGGGUCUAUGCUACAGCCAAAGCCAUGGCGGACGUAUCAAGAUCCAAAUUAAGCUGGGUCUUCUCUGUAAAUCCAAACUGCAGGUAUUUUGUUCGGGGGCAUUUCUGUGAUAUCAUAAGCAACCCACCAGAUGUUACAAUUUUCAAUCUAUUUAUCAAUGAUCUUGCUUAUAAAAUCAAACUUAACCCUGCAACUGGAGGCUUGUGCUUACCAUAUUACAUGGAUUUUGUGGUCUCCACCAAAGAAAACAUUUUGACAGUAAGUGUUGAUCCAGAUCCAGGGGCAAAUAGCAGAAAUGCAACCUUGAACGGGCUGGAGAUAAUGAAGAUCAUCAAUGAAGUUAGAAGCUUCCAUGGGACAACUCAAGUGGAUAGUGUUCUUCCUAACUCAUCCCAAAGAAGUGUCAAAUUAGCAAUUACAGUUUGGUGUAGUACCGGAGCAGCAGCUUUCAUAGUUCUCACUGGAUUAACUAUUUGUUACUUCACAGCUUACAAGUCGAAAGCAAGGUCGAGAGCUACCCCCAUAUCAUGCAAGAUUUUUACUUUCCAAGAAAUCAGUGAAGCAACGAACACCUUUGAUAAGUGCCUGCUUCUUGGAGAAGGUGGUUUUGGCAAGGUCUACAAAGGAACGAUGGCUAAUGGGAUAAAAGUAGCCAUCAAGGUAGCCAAUCCUGAGUCAAGACAGGGUCUCCGUGAAUUUCAGAAUGAGAUUGAAUUGCUAUCCAAGCUCUCUCAUCCCAACCUUGUCUUCCUAAUGGGCUAUUGUAAUGAAGACUCAGAAAUGAUCCUGGUCUAUGAGUUCUUGGCAAAUGGAUCUUUAAGUAGCCAUCUCUAUGGGCCAAACUUUGUUCCUCUUUCAUGGAAGCAACGGCUAGAAAUAUGCAUUGGCACUGCAAAGGGCCUUCAUUACCUUCACACAGGGGUUCCUCGAAGUACAAUCCAUCGUGAUGUUAAGACAGCAAAUAUUCUCUUGGAUGAGACUUUUGUUCCAAAAGUCGCUGAUUUUGGAAUCUCUAGACAAGGUCCACCUCUUGAUAAGAGCCAUGUAACGACCCUUGUUAAGGGCAGUUUCGGUUAUCUAGAUCCUGAGUAUUUCAGAACAAAAUUUCUCACAGAAAAAUCAGAUGUGUUCUCAUUUGGAAUGGUUCUGAUGGAAGUUAUCUGUGGCAAGUCUGCUUUAGAUGGCACUCGUCCAACAGAGCAUAUUAAUUUGGCAAGAUGGGCAUCAAGCUGCCAAGAAAAGGGCACCUUUCAUGAGAUUAUAGACCCAAAUUUGAUAGGAAAAGUGAAUUUGGAUUCUCUGAACAAGGUGUGUGAGUUGGCCUGGAUGUGCUUAGAGGAGAGUCGCAAGAACAGACCACCAAUGGGAUAUUUACUGUGUGAGCUUGAAGACGCUCUCCACAUUGAGUUGGCUUCGCCAAUUCGGCAAGUUUUUGCGGAUUGUGCCAUUGAUGUGGUUGCAGAAAAUGAAAUCAGGGAUGUGAAGGAACGAGAUGAUGCCUGAAAUCCUUCUCUCAGUUCAAUGGCUUCUUUACUGCUAACCUGCAGGUUAUUGCCGUAAGUGCAUGGGAAUAAAUUGUGGU